CAAAUCUGAUGAGAUCAAAAAAUAGCAUAUUUUGGCACAGAAUGUCAUACUCGCCGAAGGUUUCCCCCAGCAGCAGCAGCAGCAGCAGCAGCAGCAGCAGCAGCAGCAGCAGCAGCAGCAGCAGCAGCAGCAGCAGCAGCAGCAGCAGUCAGUCUCAAACAUCCGCCCCUCAGACUAAAGCGGGCAGGGAUGUCUGCUUCCCUCAGAGAGAGCGCAACAGCUUCAGCUUGAGGACUGCAGCUCUGAACAGGAGACACAGCGCUGAUGGGAUCACUGAACGAGUCCCUGUCAACCGUUUCCACCCAUACCAUCGACAGUUCAGCGAUGGAGUCAGGGAGAACGCGAGCUGUUUCCAGCACUGCUCCUCUUCCUUCAUCAGUCUGCAGGAAGUGUGCAGCCCUGAUGCUUAUCCACACCGCAGCGACAUGCCAGCGACCUGGGACCAGUACAAUGACAGCAUUCAGAGUUCAUACUCAGAGCUACCAGCUGCUUCACUGGAAUCCCCCAACUUUUUAUCUCAAAGGUAUCCGUCCUACAGCUCACUGAGCCCUCAACAGCAGGUUUCAACUAAACUGUAUCCUAGUGAUGACCCGCCAAACGGCACUAAAUAUUCUCCCCAAAGCCGCUCGUCUCAAUCACACCAGGAGAGUGCCACCCAUUCACUCUUCCCCAAACCCAUUUACUCAUACAGCAUCUUGAUAUUUAUGGCUCUGAAGAACAGUAAAACAGGAAGUCUGCCAGUCAGCGAGAUCUACAGCUUCAUGACUGAACACUUCCCAUAUUUCAGGACAGCUCCUGAUGGAUGGAAGAACUCUGUGCGGCACAAUCUCUCUUUGAAUAAAUGCUUUGAGAAGGUGGAAAACAAAAAUGGGAACACUUCUCGUAAAGGAUGCCUUUGGGCUCUUAAUCCAGCCAAAGUAGAGAAGAUGCAGGAGGAGCUGCACAAGUGGCGCCGCAAGGACCCACUGACUGUUCGUAGGAGCAUGGCCAGGCCAGAAGAUCUUGAUCGUCUGCUUGGAGAGAAACUGGACAAGUUCAGGUCUCCGCCACCUUACACAAACACAACUUCAUUUUCAAGAGUGUGCUCCAUCUACAACACCACCUCAUCGUCUAACGCUCCUGCUCAGCUUCAACCAGCAAGCCAUCCCAUCCAGCCUUCACAGUAUGCCCAUAUUCAACCACAGCAACCCUGCAACUUUCCCCUCACUGCUACUCACCCCAGCAACUUAUUUGCUCUAUACUCACCCUGUGGACAACUGCCCGCAGCUGUCACAUCACCUGUUGCUGGGAACAUGCCACCUGUUUACAGUGCUGCCUUGCAGGCUGAGCACAGUGCAGGUCUAAGAAGCAUGCAGGACAUGCUGUUGGAAGGAGACGUCAGUUAUGACAUUGACACCCUCAACCCUAGUCUUACUGACCUGCAGCUGCAAGGUAAUUUGUGGGAGGAGUUAAGGGAAGACAGCUUGGUGUCAGAACCACAAGUCUCCACCACAACCGCCACAUCUGCCUUUGACCACCACGUCCACACCAGCUGCCUGCAAGUCCCACCUCCUUUAGAUCACGCAUCAUCAGGGACUACUGGCAGACACUGUAAAGCAGUGUAUGAGAUGGACGACACGGACAGAAGCUGUUGGAACGGCCUGCAUCCUGUUGGUUAUUCGGGAGUGGAGAAUUUGUCGGGGUAUCUGACCUCCUGCACCACAUCCAUUUCUUUAAUGUAAACCUUUGGCCUCUCCAGAUUCAUUAAAAAUUAAUGAAUUACUAUCUGUGAACUCAGUUGGAGAAUAUUGUUACACGCAGCUUCAUGUCACAGUGUUUCCUUGGAGAUACAGCUCUUAGUUCAGGCUCUGGACUACUGUAAUUUUGUUGUUGGUCGGCCUGUGCGUGCUCAGUUAAAAUGAAGAGAAUGCAGAACAGAAUGAAGAACAGAAUGCAGCAGCACGUCCUACCUUCACUCCUUCAUCCAGAUCUACACUCCCUCUCGACAGCUCCGCUCAGCCAGUGAAAGACGCCUGGUGCUUCCACCACAACGUGGUGUGAAAUCAGUAGCCA